UUUGAUAUUAGUAGGUCAUGCGUCAGGCAUACGAAUAUAGUGUUUGCCAAUUUGGCACCGGAGCGCUCGUUUAGCCGGGAUCUGUCGGUUCCCGAAUCUCAGAGAUGGGAAAAUCGUGAUUUUCCCAGCAUCGACAGCUCGACAGGAAUCAUCGACUGGUUGGAUUUUAUUCCCGGAAAAGAAUUUUCCAACGUAGUGUAAGAAGAAGAAGAAAAGAUGAGUUUGUUGGUGUUUUUCGUCUCUCUCGUGCACCUGCUGUACACUCCCUUCACGAAGGUCGAGGAGAGCUUCAACAUCCAGGCGAUGCAUGAUCUCCUCUACCAUGGAUUCAACCUGUCGCAGUACGAUCACCACGACUACCCGGGAGUUGUGCCCCGGACGUUCCUGGGACCGAUAGCUAUCUCAGCGCUGGUCUCACCCAUUGUGCUCCUCUUCGAGGGCAUGGAUGUGGGCAAGUUCUGGGCUCAGUACGUGGUUCGAAUCACGCUGGCAGGACUUGUGGUGUAUUCCUGGAGCGAACUGAGGAAGACCAUAACUCAGAUGUUCGGUCUGUCGGUGUAUAUCUGGCUGACUGUCAUCACAAUCUCCCAGUUUCACUUCGUCUUCUACCUGAGUCGGCCUCUGCCCAAUAUCCUGGCGCUUCCUCUCGUACUCUUGGCAGUUAACUUCUGGCUGAAGAAAUCCCACAAGGCAUUUAUCUGGAUCUCGGGAGCUGCAAUAAUUGUCUUCCGGACGGAACUAGCCGUCCUCCUUGGUCUCUAUCUCCUCUACGACAUCACGUACAAGAAAGUCUCUCUACCAGAGGUUAUCAAGACGACAAUCAUCGCUGGAGUCGCUCUCCUCACUGUUACAGUGGCGAUAGACUCGAUAUUCUGGCGACGAGUCGUCUGGCCAGAGGGCGAAGUCUUCUGGUUCAACACUGUGUUGAACCGGAGCUCUGAGUGGGGAACAUCUCCCUUUCUCUGGUACUUCUACUCCGCCCUGCCACGUGCCAUGGGACUCUCCGUCCUCUUCGUGCCGCUGGGAGUUCGACAAGAGCCGCGCAUACGUCCAAUUGUGAUUCCCUGCAUAGUCUUUGUUUGCCUCUUCUCGCUGCUGCCACACAAAGAGCUGCGAUUCAUCAUCCACGUCUUCCCGCUCCUCAACAUCGCGUCUGCUUGCGCUUGCAGUCGCUUGUGGCUCAAUCGCGCCAAAUCAUUUAUGCACUCUCUCGGAGCCACAGCCGCGGCUCUGCACCUCCUGGCCAAUGUCGCCUUCACCAUGUUCCUCUUGAUAGUCUCAGGAACGAAUUAUCCCGGCGGCGUGGCCAUGUCUCGCCUCCACCGGCUGGCGGCCAACGAAACGAACGUGAGUGUUCACAUUGGGAAUCUGGCAGCUCAAAGCGGAGUGUCCAGAUUCACGGAAUUGAACGCCAACUGGACAUACAGCAAGACUGAACUGACGCCAAAGGAUUUAGCUGAUAUGAGAUUCACUCACUUACUGAUUGAAUCCAAGCAUAAGCAAGAUUUGGACUCCUUCACCUCAUCGUACAGCAUCCUGGAGUUCAUUGAGUGCUUCGACACGAUUGGGAUUCAGUACAAGUCUUUCUUCCCAGUCAGAAUCAAGACGAGACCCUGCAUUUUCCUUCUAGAGAGGAAAAAGGGAAUGAAAGUUCCCGAACCGGUCGAGGAAGUCAGUAAAGAAGAGAUUGAAGAAGCUGUAGAUACUCUUGAGGAGCCUAUAGUGGACAAUGUGCCUGAAAAUGACACUGAACCAGAAGAACAACUGCCCGAACACGAAGAUGAGCCAGAAAGUGAGACCAAAAUGCGCGUCGCACGCGUGAUAAGAGGCAACAGGAUUGCGAAUAUACGGAAGAUUAUAAAAACGGAUGAGAUAAAGCACAUGGUUGAGGACAUCGGAAAGCUGGACUUGAGUGAAUUUUGUGAUCUGGACAAGUUGUCCACAAAGGAGUGCCUUAAGAAGAUCAUCGACGAGUACGGUGAUCAGGAAGAUGAAUAGCAUCUGCGAAAUACAGAUUAUCUCACGAAUA